UUUCGGGGCGCACAUAUCAUGAGUUUCAUUUUUGAUCUCUCUCAAAUCAAAAACCCUCUCUCUUUCUGUUUCCCUAGUUAAACCAAACCCUAAUUAUCUCUCUCUCACAUUCGAGAUCUUAUUCUCCACUUCCUCUUUCAAUUCCUCGUUCUCGUUGCAUUCCUACUCAAGGUCUCGAUUUCUCCAGUUCAAAUAAUUCUUCUCAGAAUCGCAUUUCCAAUCGUUGAUAAGUCUUUUUGCAGCUGAGAGGAAAAUGGACGUGCCAGAACAUCGUACAUGGAUGUAUAAUAGGCGCAUUACUGGUCGAAAGGGAUUUACAGCUGAAUUUUUGCAAGGCCUCAAAGAGUUUCUUGAUUUUGCUUGUCAACAACCACAAUAUUUGGAGGACGGUGUAAUAAGCUGUCCAUGUAUGCUGUGUAAAAAUGAAAGGUUUCUAACUCCGAAAGGAGUAAAUGUUCAUAUUCGUCAAAAAGGGUUUACACCUGGAUAUUGGUAUUGGACAUCCCAUGGAGAGGAAGCCCCACAAAUUAAUCUCGAGGUCGAUUUGCACUCAGAUGCAAUGCCUUAUAGUAGUCAACAAGACACGGGGUUUGGUGAUGCUGGUCUUGAUGACCAAAAUUUUGUACAAGAUGAAGAGGUGCCUACAAAUGUGGAGACAACCGAAUUUUGUGAUAUGUUGAAUUCAACUCAACAAACUCUGCGGCCAGGUGAUAAAAAUACAUCAAAGAUGUCUGCUGCUAUUGCAAUGUUGAGUUUAAAAUCUAAACACAACAUGUCACAAGAUUGUUUCAAUGACGUGAUAAAGUUUAUGAGGGAGUCAAAUCACACUGAGAAUGUAACUCCUUCAAAUUCUAGGGGUACAAAGAGAACUAUGCAGCCAACUAAAAUUUCAAGAAAAAAGAAAUGUGCACAAACCCACGCACCAUUGAUAAUUCCAUCUGACACUGUUCAGACUCAUGCUAACCAAGCCACUCAACCUCCACCUCGAACUAAACCUCGAACUAAAUUUAAUCGACCUCGGCCCCCUAAAGCUCUAACUCGACUUCAACUUCGAAAUCAAUCUCAACAAUCCCAACCUCAACUUUUCCUGCAACCCCAACCCACCCAACCACAACGUCGCCUGCAACCCCAGCCCACUCAACCUCAAGCACCGCCUCAACUCCGUCGGAAACCCCAACCCACUCAAGGCCGAUCACAGCGUCAACUUGACCUGCAACCCCAACCCACUCAACCUCAACUACAACCUCAACUCCGCAUGCGACCCCAACCAACUCAACCUCGACCACAACCUCAAAUCCGCUUGCAACCCCAACCCACUCAACACACGUCACCUCCACCUCCACCUCCACCUCAAUCUCGAAUUCAACCUAUCAUGUCUCAAACCAUUCCUACCCAAGACCUUGAAUGGCAAGACUUUGCAAUGAUCAACGAAACUCCAUCUUCUACUACUAGCCAUAGUAGUGAAGAAAGUAGUGGUAACAGGAUUCCUAUACUUCCAGAAGCUGAUGGGUUUGAUCAACACAGGUUGGCAGUGAAGGCAAUUGCCUUAAUCAUACGUAAUAACUUGGAGGAGGGGAAACCAUCAUGGAAGCAGUUAUCUAAAAAGCAACGAGAUUCGUGGUUUGAUAUAUUUAAAUCAAAGUUUACAUGGCCACCUCAACAUAACGACUUGGUGCGACGUAACUUUGAGAAAAGGGGUUCAGCUAAAAUGAUUCAGUUAAUGCAAGAAGUUCGAAAAAAUUUAGAUCAAAAACCAAUUUGGAUGGAAGAGUGUGUGUGGGCACAAUUGAAGGCACAUUGGGAGUCCUUAAAAUACAAAAGAAUAUCUGAAAUAAAUAAAAGAAAUUGUGAGUCUAUGGCUGGAGCAUCUCUUCACACUGGUGGAUCAAUUCCUCAUCGUUUGCAUUGGAAGCGAAUGAAGGAGGCAAAAGGGACAGAUCCAUCAUUGGAUGAGUUUUAUUUUCGUACUCACCGAAAAAAGGAUCAAAGUUGGGUGGGUCCUCUUGCAGAGUCUGCUUAUGAUAAAUUUGAAAAAAGAAAAUCGGAAUUAUCUUCAAAGUUCGUUUCGGGAGAGAACGGAGGUGAUAAUCAACUAUCCACAAAAAUGCCAUCUGACUUGGAUAUAUGGGUAGAUUCAGUUGGAAAGAAAAAAGGAAGGGUUUUUGGUCUUGGAUCUGUAAACAAAACAUUCUUUACAAUUGAUAAACUUAAUUCUGAAGAUGUCAAUGCUUUAAGAAGUCAGAUUCACGCACUUAACGAGUCACUGCAAAAACAGGAACAAGAGAAAUUAGAAAUGAAACAAGAGUUGACCGAGACUAGAAAACAAGUAGCAGCUUUAAUGCAACACUUGGGAUUUGCUGCCUCUUCUUCUCGUCCACCUCAAGACAGCAAUGAAUUUGACAGCGGUGAUGAUGAUACAGAUGGUGAUCAUAUGGAGUAGUAUUGCAUUUCAUUUAUAGGACUUGAGUUGGUAUAUUUUUUUCCUACAUAAAAAGUACUUGCAAAUUUACCUGUGAAUUCGUUUCAAAAUGGGUUGUUGUUAAUUUCUUGUGAAUUCGUUUCAAAUUUACUUGUGAAAUUACAUGCAAUUGUUUUGCAGAUGUUAAUUUAUUGCUCAA